AUGGCUUCACAAUUGCUGCCAGGCAUAGUGCAGAGAUCGGGGCCUGGCAGCGACAGCGACUCUGACAGUGCAGCACAAGGAUGUGUUCACAGCAUCCCUGCUGUUUCCCGCCAUCAACCUGCAGCUUACCCGCGACUAGAUGACAAGCAGGACUCCAUGGGCCAGCUCACGCUUUUCAGCAGGAUCUCGACAAAGACCAGCUGUCUCAGCCCUGGCAGGCAUGCUCGUCGGACAACAUCCCCUGUCUGCUCUGGCAGAACCCUCUCGCCACGGCGGUUGUGGACAAAUUCUCAUGGCAGCAGCUCAGAGGCGAAUUUGGAGCUGCCAGCUUCGACCCGAACAUACUUCAGCUCUCCGGGUUCUUUGUGGGAGGCGUCGCCGCGAAAUACACCGAAAAAUUUCAGCCGGUGGUUUCCAGAGCAUGGGGAAGCUGACGAAGAAGAGCUGCCCACGCCGGUGGCUGCAG